ACUUUGAAAUGUCAUACAACUGAGAGCGAUCAAUCACGAGGAAUACCAUUGCUGAGUCAUAUUAUGAAUCAAAGCAAAAUGUACUAGAGUGGUGAAACCUUGGGUUUAAAAUAAUGCAAGAUUGACACAAACGCAGCAGGUCCAGAGUCGGAGAACGGGAUCGCUUUAGAGGAAGACAUCCACUCUCCACAAUGACUUCAAACAGCCGGAUUCUACUAGGUGAAUGAAAACAAAUCUUCCAUUGAAUAAAGAGAAGUUCUUAAGUGCCGGCAAGACUAUUUUCUGACUUCAAGCUUUACCUGCAACUAUAUGACAAGAGAGUCAGAGGAAAUAUCAAAAGCUGAAGGUUCUUUCAUAAAUCUGCUUGACUGGAGUUUCAGAAGAACUGCUGUCUGAUAAGGAAAGCCAGGAGAACAGUUUCCUUAAGCUUUGUAACACUGGAAACAGCUUCUCAAAUAGCUGCUGCUGUUAUGCAAACCUUCAUAAAAAUAUAAAUAUAAACCUUCAGGACUCCACAGAGCAAAAUGAAGUCAGGACUGUGCAUAUGUCAGCUUCUGGGACUGUCUGUGUCACUCGUUGGAUGGGUGUGCUCUAUCGUGGCUACAGUCUUACCGCAGUGGCAAACCAAGAAUACAGAUUUAUUGCAGAUGGAGAACUUUUUUGUUGGGAUUUGGGAAUCCUGCGUUGCUCAAGAAGAAGGUCCAACACAGUGUAAAUGGUACAGCAGUCUCCUUAGCCUCCCGGCACACAUUCAGGUGGCUCGAAUUCUCAUGUGCACUUCCAUUACAUUUGGCCUCCUUGGCACGUUGGUGUCCAUUUUGGGAUUAACAUGUGUCUCCUACUGCAGUAAAGAUGAAGCUGUGAAGAGAAGGUUGACAACCAGUGGAGGAGUAUUGUUCCUUUUUGCAGGAAUCACAACCUUCAUCCCAGUGUCCUAUGUAGCUCAUGUGACAGUGGUAGAGUUCAUGGAUCCCACUGUCCCUGAGGUUGUCCCACGAUGGGAGUUUGGUGAGGCUUUGUUUAGUGGCUGGAUUGGUAGCUUUCUUCUUCUGAUUGGUGGUAUAGUGUUGGUUACUUCCCAUUGCUGCUUCAGAAAGUUCAGUGUGCCACUCAGUCUGAACAGACCUGUGUGGGUAACAUUAAGACAGAAAACAGAGUACGUGUAAUUGUAAGUCUUUGAGUCAUUGGAGCUCCUUAGAGAAAAAUGGGAUCUCACAGUACUGCAAACAGUUUUGGUCACUGUGACACUAGGGGCUGCUCAUGCCCUAAAUGCAAUGCAGAGGAGAGCAACGAGGAUGAUCCCCAGUGUUAGAGGAAUGAGCUAA